UAAAAUGUUUGACACAAGCGGUAAACUUUUCUACUGUCCUGGUCUUAUGAUCAAUAUUUCUAUCAUACGACGCAUCUUUUUGCUUGUUGUCGCCCUUUCUUUCGAAGCAUUGAUUUCACACUAUUAGCCACAUAACGAAGUUUCCCCAAAGGCUGGAUGCCUGUCCUUCCCGUCCCGCCCAGUGUGACGUGACACUAUGGAUGAGGAAACUCUGGAGGGCGCCAUCUCUACGUACGAAGCCCAGCUGCAGCAGGUGGAUGCCACUCUGGCUGCUGACCUGGACCCCUCCCAGCAGUGUGACCUGCUCAAACUGAGAGAGGACCUGUGUCAGCUGAUAGAACUCACCAAAGCCAGCCUGCUGUCUUUCAGAAAGAGUUUGCUUCUGGCCUCCCUGGAGGACACCAGUGGCGUGCAGGCCAACGCGCCGGAGCCUGCGGCCGACACAAAAGGCGAUUUCAAUUCCGAGUUUGCUGCUUUCUACACGGAGCUGGGGGAGUUUUCGGGGACUAGCUCUGAUACGAGGGAACAAAACCAGGAGACUGGUGGCGGUGCAGAAGAGGAGUGUGAAGAAGAGGAGGGGGAGGAGGAAGACACUUUGAGCGGUACUAAAGUAAGAGCCCCUUACAGGACGUCGUGGGGGACCCUGGAGUACCACAAUGCCAUGGUGGUCGGGGCAGAGGCACCAGAUGGAGAAGAGGCGCAAGUUAGAGUUUUGUACAUUUAUCCCACUCAGAAGUCCUUGAAACCGUGUCCAUUCUAUCUCGAGGACAAGUGUCGCUUCCAGGAGAACUGCAGGUUUUCCCACGGGGAAGUGGUGUACGUGUCGGAGCUCAGAGACUUCCUGGAUUGCGACCUCAGUAACCUGGAGGAAGGCUCGUCCUGCUUGACUCGGCACGAGGAUGGCAUCUGGUACCCGGCCAGAAUCACAGAUAUCGACGACGGCUUCUACACGGUUAAGUUUGACUCCCUGCUGCUAAAAGACGCUGUGGUUGAAGCCGACCACAUCAUCCCACCGCUAAGAGAAGAAGACCCGCUCUCCUCUGACUCGGACCCCGACGAUGCUGCAGAUGAUGCGGCUUACGCUAAAGUUCUGGAGUCUGCUGGCGAAUCGACAGCAAGCAACACUGCCAUUUUUGGAGGUUGGGAGGUUCACACGAGAGGCAUCGGAUCCAAGCUAAUGCUCAAGAUGGGCUAUGAAUAUGGCAAAGGUUUAGGAAAAACGCAGGAGGGCCGAGUGGAGCCCGUCAUGGCAGUGCUCGUACCCAAAGGCAAAUCACUGGACCAGUGCGCCGAGUUAACUCUGAGACGCACUCAGAGCAAGGCAAAUGAUGGUGGAAAAACAGGCCGGCCAAAGCGCCGGCGGAAGCCAAGGGAGGCCAACGGAGAGCGCAGGACCGUCUUUGACUUUCUUAACUUCAAGCUCGGCGCCAAGGAGCGCGGUGCUGCCGAGGAAGGGGCGGCAACGGCGGCUGGUUCGGCCGCCCUCACUGGGGUGGAGGCCUACAAGGGGGGCAAGAGCACCAAAAGGAGUCUAAAUGUGAAACUGUUCCAAGCUGCUGAGAGGGCGUCGCAGACUGAGAGGGAGAUCCAGAACCUGACCCAGUCGCUCAGCAGGCAAACGGGCAGAUGAUGUGGUUCUGUUGAGGUUCUCAAGUCUCAAUGGAGCGAUUCACAGCCAACUCCCCAUCUUAGGCUAUUGUCCUCAGUUGGAAAAGGGGGGCGUGCCCUCUCCAGGUCAGGGAGGAGAUCUUGCCCCAAGUGACGGAGUUCUUGGCUGGGAAGUGGCAAGUCUGGGCUUCCCUGCUUAAGCUCCUGCCCCCGCGACCCGACCUCGGACGGAUAGAUGGAUGAUGGAAAGUAACAAUUAAUUAAUCAAUUUGUUGAUAUGAAACUAUUGCAUUAACACCAUCUGGUGGCAUCUUGGUGCCAAGGAUGUACUGUAUGUUGAAGUGAGUGGAGGAGUUUCAUUUAGUCUGGCCAUAGCCUUGUCUAAUAGAAAUAAGUGCUUUGUCACCAUCUUGUGGCAUCUGUAGGCCUUUUUCUGUGGGUGUCAAUUAUUUGUGGCAAGGCUCACUCUCUAUCCCAGGUGAAUAGCAUGAGUUCACUGCACUAGAAAUAUUAGAAUAAUAUUUAUAUUUUUUUACGUGUUUGAAUUAAACAUUCAAUUCUUUAUAACAAGUACAAGUAUUUGUGGCUGAAAACACGAUGAACCGACAACUGACUUAUUCAACUUAUUAUGUUCAUCCCUAAUUUCAAUGUAAUGCAUCCCACUUGUGGUUUUGAAGCGCUGAUUCAUUUGAAUUCAGGGCUGUGGUAAACGUGUAAAUGAGAUGCAGCCAUUCAAGGUGAGACAUCGCGUCUGCGGCCAACUCAUUGGGGAGAGUGCAGCCCGAAAAGUAGCGUGUCUGUCCUCGCCUCCUAAUCUGUUUGUUGUCUGUGUCAUUAAAAAAAAAAAAAAAA